AUGGCGGCGCUGCGCGGGCGGGCGCUGCUGGCCCCGCUCGGAGCGCGGCUGAGGGCCGGGCCCCGCGCCCCGCUCCGCUCCGCCGCCUCCGCCCCGCCGCUCUACGAUGUCGUGGUGUCGGGCGGGGGCAUGGUCGGGAGCGCCAUGGCCGCCGUGCUGGGGCAUGACAUCCACUUCCAUGAUAAAAAGAUUGCUUUGCUGGAGGCUGGUCCUAGGAAAGAAUAUGAUCACCUGCCAGACAGUUACAGUAACAGGGUCAGUUCCAUCUCCCCGGGAUCAGCAACCCUCCUAAGCAGUUGUGGUGCCUGGGAUCAUGUCUGCAGCCUGAGACUCAAACCGUUCCGGCGAAUGCAGGUAUGGGAUGCUUGUUCAGAAGCCAUGAUCGUUUUUGAGAAAGAUGACUUAGAUGACAUGGGUUACAUAGUGGAGAAUGAUGUCAUUAUGUCUGCUCUCACAAAACAGUUAGAUGCAGUAGCAGACCGGGUGGAGGUUUUCUACAGGAGCAAAGCAGUUGGGUACACCUGGCCCCUUCCUUCCCACAGCUGUGACACAAGCCCUUGGGUCCAAGUUGAGUUAGCUGAUGGACGCAGACUUCAGACCAAGCUGCUGAUUGGUGCGGAUGGUCAUAACUCUAUGGUCCGGAAGGAAGCUGAAAUUAAGAAUAUUGAACAUCAGUAUGACCAGUCAGCUGUGGUGGCAACUCUCCAUUUAUCUGAGGCCACAGACAACAAUGUAGCAUGGCAGCGGUUCCUUCCCACCGGGCCAAUUGCACUUCUUCCGCUGUCUGACACUGCCAGCUCUCUGGUCUGGUCUACAUCUCAUGACCAUGCACAGGAACUUGUCGCUAUGGAUGAGGAAAGCUUUGUGGAUAGCAUCAACUCUGCCUUUUGGAGCAACAUAAACCACUCUGACUUCAUUGACACUGCUGGGGCCAUGUUCCGUUCUGCCAUUUCACUCCUGAGGCCCUCAGGGACUGCAGUCCGUCAGCUGCCCCCAAGUGUUGCUAAGGUGGAUCCAGAGAGCCGAGCCAUGUUCCCUCUUGGAAUGGGGCACGCGACAGAGUACGUCCAGCACCGCGUGGCUCUCAUCGGGGAUGCAGCACACAGAGUCCACCCGCUUGCAGGACAAGGAGUGAACCUGGGCUUUGGUGAUGUUGCAUGUUUAGCUCAUCACCUAAGUGCAGCAGCCUUCAAUGGGAGUGAUCUGGGCUCCUUAAAACACCUCCUGAAGUUUGAAACAGAACGGCAGAGGCAUAAUGUCUCCUUGAUAGCUGCUACUGAUGUGCUAAAAAGGCUGUACUCCACCACACUGGCUCCUCUGGUGUUGCUGAGGACAUGGGGAUUGCAAGCAACAAAUGCCCUACCUCCUGUCAAAGAGCAGAUCAUGGCUUUUGCCAGCAAGUGAUCUGUUGUCAGUCUGCCUGUCAGCAGCUUGCCUAUGAAUGCACUGCCCUUAAAAGAACUGUGGCUGACUUGAAUCUUUGAAUUGUUAUUUUAAUUUACAAUAAAACUGAGGGACUGAGCUGUGUAUUACAUCAUCCACUGGUUUAUGCAAAAGCUGUCUCAUUUGCCCUCCUCAAGAGGAUUUAGGGUUUCUUUCCAUAGUACCAUGGUGUCUUCAGCCACAGAACUAAAUGUCCAAUGUACUUUUAGUUUGGGCCUCCUGAAUUGAAGAUUGAGGUGCAAACAGCUGUCUGUCUUUUGGCAAACACAGUACUGAAUUUUGCCAACUGCUGGUUCAUUUUUAACAGCUUUUGCUGCUUUGUUACUUUCAGUUUCUUCUGAUAUGAUUUCUAGAGCUGUAAUGUCACUCCUGGGUUCUUGGCACCUCAGCUCAGACAGAAGGGGUAGUUUGCAGCAGAGGGAGACAACGCAUGGUGGUGGAUACAUUUUAAAAUUGUCCUUCUUUCACACUUUUCCCUGCCUUUCUCGUGGUGUUUUAUAUAAUAAUGGUGUUUGUCGUGGAACUGGCUAGUCUUAAGGGCUCUAUGGUAAAGAGUCAAGGAAACAAUAAUAUCUAGGAAAGAUAUA